ACUUUUUAAAAGCCGCUCACAGCAGCUCUGGGGGGCGGAGUGUCUGCAAAGUGGUGCGCCGAUUGGGGCGCUCAAUCGGGGGACGAGAGAUGUCGUGCUUGUUGGAGGCCCCUCUCCGCAUCAGUGUGCUAUCUGAAGUCACUGCCACUAGUCGCCAUUAUGUUGACCGACUGUUCGACCCCGACCCACAGAAAGUGCUGCAGGGAGUCAUUGACAUGAAGAAUGCCGUCAUCGGAAACAACAAGCAGAAAGCCAAUCUGAUUGUCCUUGGAGCUGUGCCCAGGUUACUAUACCUGCUGCAGCAAAGCUCGUCCAGUCUGGAGCUGAGGACUGAGUGUGCUGUGGUGCUGGGAAGCUUAGCCAUGGGCACAGAGAACAACAUCAAGUCCCUGGUGGAUUGUCACACCAUCCCUGCUCUUCUCCAAGGUCUCCUGUGUCCGGACUUGAUCUUCAUUGAAGCUUGUCUUCGCUGUCUUAGAACCGUCUUCAUCAGUCCUGUUACCCCUGUGCAGUUGCUCUAUACUGAUCCCACUGUGAUCCCUCAUCUAAUGUCUCUACUCAGCCGCUCUCAGAGAACCCAGGAGUACAUCACGCAAAUCUUCUCCCACUGUUGUAAGACCCCAGAGCACCAGACUGUUCUUUUCAACCACGGUGCCAUCCAGAACAUCGCCCCCUUGCUCAUCUCACCCUCUUAUAAGGUCCGGAUGCAGGCGUUAAAGUGUUUCUCAGUCUUGGCUUAUGAGAACACUCAGGUCUCCAUGACACUGGUGAAUGUGCUGGUGGAUGGUGAGCUGCUUUCUCAGGUAUUUGUCAGAAUGAUGCAAAGGGAUCAGCCCAUUGAAAUGCAGCUAACGGCAGCCAAAUGUUUAACGUACAUGUGUCGAGCGGGUGCCAUCAGGACAGAUGACAGCUGCAUAGUACUAAAGACCCUGCCGUGCCUCGUGCGGAUGUGCAGUAAAGAGCAUCUGCUGGAGGAGAGGGUCGAGGGUGCAGAGACGCUGGCAUACCUGAUGGAGCCAGAUGUGGAGCUGCAGAGGAUUGCCAGCACCACUGAUCACCUGGUGGCCAUGUUGGCUGACUACUUCAAAUACCCCAGCUCUGUGUCUGCCAUCACUGACAUUAAGAGGCUGGACCAUGACCUGAAACAUGCACAUGAGCUAAGACAAGCUGCUUUCAGACUUUACGCCUCCCUGGGCUCAAACGACGAGGACAUCCGCAAGAAGAUCACAGAGACAGAAAACAUGAUGGAUAGGAUAGUCAGCGGCCUGUCAGAAUCCAGCAUUAAAGUCCGUUUGGCAGCAGUCAGGUGUCUUCACAGUCUUUCGCGGUCGGUGCAGCAACUGAGGACAAGUUUCCAUGACCACGCAGUGUGGAAACCUCUGAUGAAGCUGCUGCAGAACGCUCCAGAUGAAGUCCUGGUCAUGGCCUCUUCUACACUAUGCAAUUUACUACUUGAGUUCUCACCUAGCAAGGAGCCCAUCUUGGAGUCAGGGGUGAUUGAAUUACUAUGCAGUCUGACCCAGAGUGACAGUCCUGCACUGAGGGUCAACGGGAUCUGGGCUCUGAUGAACAUGGCGUUCCAGGCUGAUCAGAAGGUGAAGGUGGAGAUAGUACGGUGUUUGGGUACAGAACAGUUGUUCCGGCUGUUGUCGGACCCAGACGCCAACGUGCUAAUGAAAACCCUUGGUUUGCUGCGUAAUCUGCUGUCAACACGUCCGCACAUCGACCAGAUCAUGAGUUCUCAUGGGAAGCAGAUAAUGCAGGCGGUGACCUUGAUCCUGGAAGCAGAGCACAGUAUAGAGGUCAAAGAACAGACACUCUGCAUCUUGGCCAACAUCGCUGAUGGCAACACAGCCAAGGAACUCAUCAUGACCAACGACGACAUGCUCCAGAAAAUCAAGUUCUACAUGGAGCAUUUGAAUGUGAAGCUGCAGCUCGCUGCCACUUUCUGUGUCUCCAACCUUAUCUGGAAUGAGGAGGAUGGUUCUCAGGAGCGGCAGGACAAACUGAGGGAGCUGGGCUUCGUGGACAGCCUGCACAAACUGACCCUGGCCUCUGACUCCACCCUCAGUGACAGAGCGAAGACGGCGAUGCAGCAGUACCUGGCGUGACCGCCGAGGACACCGCUGCUCUACUGGCAGCCUGACUAACAAUCACUGGGAGGACUCCUGCCCUGGGUUAUUUUUGAUUUUGUUGCACAAAGACACCUUUUGGAUCUUCUGUUGGAGCUGUGACUGGCCUCCCUUCACUAAGCACCCUCCAACUCAACAGGACUGCGUUUGUGGAAUCGACGGUUCGGACGUUUUUUCUUUAGUGGGAUUUUUUUGUGCAGCAGCGGUGCUUCUGGACUCCCAUUGAGGAGAUUAUUGUUGACUGAGGUGUGAUGCAAGCAUGGCUGUAGGACAGCAAAGCUUCUCAGCUUAUUUUUUUAAUUUGUAACUAAUAUUGAUAUCUACGUUUCCUUUAGGCACCACAAGCAAGGACACAUUUGAAAAGACUGCCUAUUUAGAAGUUUUGGGUGUUUUCAUUUUUGUGGAUACAUACCUCGUAAAUAUAUAAAUAUAAACAAAUAUAUAUUUUUGGAUUUUUAUUUUUCCCCUGACCCUCAUCUUGUUUUUACCUCUCUGAACUACAGUACAGUUCUCAGCACAGUAGGUCACAUUGUCCACACAUGAGGUGAAUAAGGAAACAAGUGUAACUGCCCUGAUUUAUUUUUUUCACCGUGGUUGUUCUGCCUGCACCAGCGCCUGUCGCCUUCAUCCAAACACCCUAAUCCUAAUGGAAAAUGUUUUUCCAGAGCUAAUGGCACUUACUCCGACUGGCCCGGUUACUAAUUCACAGGCCCGAGCACACAGACCACCAGAGAUCCAAGGAUGAAUGUAUCCUCACACCUCUGAAUAGGAUGUCAGUUGCUGUUUCUGCGUUCGCUCUGCAGCCGCGCUUGUCAGAACAGAGAAAUAAAAUUCCCAGAGCUCCUGGGUUUUAUUUCUACUGAUGUGUUUUGAAAAGCAUGCAAGGACAGAAUAAAAGAACAAUUUGAGACUAAACCCUGGAGGGUGAAGGCGCCGAGUGCAGCCGCAGCAGAAUCACGUGCUACAUCGUGUUUAGUCCCUCUAUCAUAUAAUUUAUUCUCCCAUCAGGAUAUUUCCAGUGUUGUUCUUUGACAUUUUAAACUUCCUGAAGCGCUGAUAGAAUGAAUGUUGCCAUUGAAAAUAUAUGCAGACAUGAAGGAU